CCCCUCCCAUGAUGUUCAGACCCCCAAUGUUACGAGGAGGACCUCCAGGAGCACCCCUAAGAAUGAUGCCCCCUGGUCCUCCUCCAGGUCGACCUCAAGGUCUUCCCCCUGGACCGCCACCUGGGUUACCUCCCAACAUCAGGCUGCCCCCACGAUUACCGCCCGGUCCACCAGGUGUACUGCCGCCCAGAUUAAUGAGACCACCAGGUGGGCCAUUAAACAUACUUCCCCCUGGUUUGCCUCCUCCUGGUAUUGCUUCUCAGAAUCCCAAUGUGCUCAGUGCCCCUCCCAGUAUCAUGAAACUCCCCCAGAAGGCUGGCGGCGACGACAAGAAAAACGCAGCUACAAUCGAAGCCAAACCUCAGAUCAAGAAUGUGAUGGGGGAUGUUACAAGGUUCACACCGACAGCUCUCAAGGUCAAGCGAGAAGUGCGGGACGCCAAGGGGCGUGUCAAACCUAUGGGAGGCAAAGAAGAGGAGAAGCGGCUACUAGGCCUGGCUCCUGUAGCAGCUCCAGCCUCAGCAGCAGCUCAGACCAAGACGAAGGACGACGCCUACGACCAGUUCAUGAAGGAAAUGGAGGACCUCUUCUGAUCUCAUCAUCCUCUUUUCAGGGUAAGUGUAUAACUCUUA